UUUCAUAAAAGCUCAUAUUUCUCUUCCUUCUGCCCAAAAACAAGACAUCAAACCUUAAACCUUUGUCAAAACCCUAAACCCUUAAAAAAAUCAAUCAUUUCUCCAAAACCUCAUGUCCAAAAUGGGUAAGAAAAAACAGCAAAAGAAUGUCCAAAAUCAAGAAGACUUACUAAAAACCUUAACAGAUUUCACAAGCAAAGAGAAUUGGGACAAUUUUUUCACUAUCAGAGGUUCAAAUAAUGCAUUUGAAUGGUAUGCAGAGUGGCCACAGCUCAAAGAACCACUUCUUUCUAACCUCACAUUAAACGACGUCGUUUCUGCAAAAAAAGAAUUGCAAAUACUUGUACCAGGUUGUGGGAAUUCAAAGCUAUCUGAGUAUGUUUAUGAUGAGGGGUUUUGUAAUAUUACCAAUGUUGAUUUCUCUAAGGUUGUAAUUUCGGAUAUGUUAAGGAGAAAUAUUAGGGACAGACCUGUUAUGAAGUGGCGCGUUAUGGAUAUGACAAAUAUGCAGUUUGCAAACGAGAGCUUUGGCGUGAUUCUUGACAAGGGAGGAUUGGAUGCUUUAAUGGAGCCUGAGCUUGGAUCAAAGUUAGGAACUCAGUAUUUGUCUGAGGUUAAAAGAUUGCUAAAAGUUGGGGGGAGAUUUAUUUGCCUCACUUUGGCUGAAUCUCAUGUAUUAGGUUUACUCUUCCUGAAGUUUCGGUAUGGGUGGAAGAUGGAGAUUCAUCCCAUUGCUAUGAAACCAUCUGACAAGUCGAGCCUACAGACUUUUAUGGUGGUAGCCGAGAAAGACAAUUCUCCGUCGUUGUGCCAAAUAUUGUCAACUGUUGAUCAGUCAUCCUUUGGUGGUCCAAAGAACCAGGUUCAUGGACUCUUUCAAGCACUUGAAGAUGAAAAUAAAAUUCGUGCAGAUUAUUCCAGUGGUUCUGAUAUAACUUAUGCACUAGAAGACUUGAAAAUCGGAGUUGAGGGGAAUCUGGCAGAGCUUCGUCCAAGUCGUAGAGUUCAGCUUAGUUUAGGUGAACUUGGGGUUUCACUAUUCUGUUACAGAGCUGUGCUUCUUGAUGCGCGAAAAGAUUUUGGACCUUUUGCAUAUCGUUGUGCUGUGUUUCUCGUUCCAAAGACUCGAGCUCGUGAAUGGCUGUUCUCUUCAGAAGAAGGACAAUGGGUGGUUGUAGAAAGCUCUAAGGCUGCUCGUUUAAUAAUGAUUUUUUUGGAUUCUAGCCAUUCCGACGCCAGUAUGGACGAUAUCCAGAAAGAUCUAUCUCCUCUGGUAAUGCAAUUGGCGCCGGGAGAUUCUGAUGAUGAAGCUCAGAUACCUUUUAUGGCAGCAGGUGAUGGAAUCAAGCAGCGGGAAAUUAUUCGAGAGAUCACAUCUCCCUUGACUGGUCCAAUUAUUGUAGAUGAUGUGAUCUAUGAGAAGGUUGAUGACAAUAUCAGCUGUCUCUUUGGCUCUACGGAUGUGAUAUUUCGUCGACUCACUUUCCAAAGAACGGAGAGUUUAGUUCAAUCUGAGGCUGUGCUAUCAAGAGAAGGGUCACCGAAAACUAUAGCUGAUAUUAAUCAGAAGAUAGGCCAGUCAUCUUCAAAAUCCAAGAAGAAAGGAAAUUCGAAAAGAUCCAAUUCUAAUGUCUCGUCAUCUGAUGGAUUGAGCAACGAUUUGAAAGUUGACCACUGUUAUUUGGCGAGUUCAUAUCAUACUGGAAUUAUCUCCGGUUUUACAUUGAUAUCUUCUCAUUUGGAUGGUUUGGCAUCUACAGGAGGCAUGGUGAGGUCGGUAGUAAUUGGUCUUGGAGCAGGAUUGCUUCCCAUGUUUCUACAUAAGCACCUGACUUUUGCAGAGAUCACGGUUUUGGAGUUAGAUCCUGUGGUUGUAGAUCUUGCCAAAGAGUAUUUUGAUUUUAGAGAUGAUGAACGUUUAAAGGUACAUGUGACAGAUGGUUUAAAGUAUGUCAAGGAUGCAGCACUUAAAAGCACUGAAGAAAUUGACAUGCUCAUCGUUGAUGUGGACUCUUCAGACUCGAGUUCUGGUUUAAGUUGUCCUGCUGCAGACUUCGUAGAAGAGUCUUUCCUUACGGCAGCAAAAGAUUCUCUUUCUGAUCAAGGCCUGUUUGUCAUAAACUUGGUAUCGAGGUCACAAGCCAUCAAGGAUUCUAUUUACUCCAAAUUAAAAUCGGUGUUUCCUCACCUCUUCCACCUUCAGCUGGACGAAGAUGUCAACGAAGUUAUUUUCGCUCUUAAGACAGAGACGUGUACCGUGGAGGAUAAAUUUCACGAGGCUUCUCAACAACUUGCCAGAUUAUUAAACCUAGAAAACUCCUCGUGGGGCCAAAAUAUAUCGGAAGCCACUAACAAGAUCAAAAGGUUGAGAUGAUUUACACUCUGAUGAAUGCUACGAACAUGUUGCAAGCUGUCGUCGUUGCUAUUCAUUAGCAUGCCCAGGGGCAGAGCUAAAAGAUGUACGGGUUCGGCCCGAGGCAGAACCUAUAAAGUUCAAAUCCUGGCUCUGCCUCUGGCCAUCCCUGUUGAGGCUACCAAUGCAACGACAUAUUUCUUCUUUUUAAGUACUUCUACCUAUGCUGAAACACGGAUCUAAUCCGUGCGAGUUUGAUAUUUAUAUGCCUUCAGAUUUAAGAUUAGUGUUUACAUUGAUAUGUACAUUGGAUAAAAUCUGAUUGCUUGCAAAGUUCUGAAAGGUGUUCAUAUGUAA